GACCGGUGUCGCUGUUGUCUUCCUCGUCCUUUUAGCUGCCUGCCUGUUAAUUAGAGUACAGAAGGCAGCAUCCCGAAACAAACUGUUCUUCCUAAAGCUGCGAAAGAGUCUCUUACCCAUCUCGGUGCCCUUAUCCAAGAUGGCUGAAUCAGAGUCAGUAUCCACUCUCGAGACCGGAAAUGUGUGAAUCUCUAUGGUCCGAAAGGCUCUUUUGGCGUCGCGCUUCCGACGAUUUCCGGCGGCGGCUCUCGCGGGAUUGGCUGUUGGCGGCGUUGCGGCUGAGCUCGUGUGCGGCGGCGGAGGUUUAGUGGCGGCUGCAGCAAAGCGUUUGGCGCGAUGUCUCACACCAUUUUGCUGGUACAGCCUACCAAGAGGCCAGAAGGCAGGACUUACGCUGACUAUGAGUCUGUGAAUGAGUGCAUGGAAGGUGUUUGUAAAAUGUAUGAAGAACAUCUGAAGAGAAUGAAUCCCAACAGCCCUUCCAUCACAUAUGAUAUCAGUCAGUUGUUUGAUUUUAUUGACGAUCUGGCAGAUCUCAGCUGUCUUGUUUACCGAGCUGAUACACAGACAUACCAGCCAUAUAACAAAGACUGGAUCAAAGAGAAGAUCUACGUGCUCCUCCGUCGACAGGCCCAACAGGCUGGGAAGUAAUUGAGUCGGAAGCACUGGGGCUGGGGGUGGACUUGGAACAGGUGCAUACAGCGUGCUGUAGUGAACCUUUUGUAGCCAUCCUGUUUCCACUCUGUUACACUCGAGCCGAGACUGAAUGUCUGCCAUGAACCGGGAGUGAUCUCUUCACUCUGAAGCCACCGUUGCCCCUUUGCUCCUUUACUUUCAUUUUUUACUUAAACAUUUUUAUGAUAAUUCAGAUAGAAAACAUUUUUGCCAUUUAAGGUUGGUUCCAGUCCUUGAAACUGUCCGAGUCUGCUUUAAAGCAGUGAGCGCACUAACCCUUCGUGGGGGGUGGGGUGGGGACAAGGUUAGUUAUAUCCUCUGGGAAAGUCUUAGUGAAAAAUAAAGAAAUGUUCUGUAGUUGUAUUUUCUCACUGA